CUCCCUCUCCCUCUUUCUCUCGGACUUACUCUCUGGGUUUAGGGUUCCUAUAGAUCGUCAGCGACACCGAGCGUAUCGUGCCUCUCUCGCCCUUAUUUGACUUCGGUUCCAACCCGAUUCACAGCGGCUAAGAUGGAGAUCAUGCCAAGAGAGAAUGAGAACGCUUUGUCAGGUCCUAGACCGAUGGAUUUCUCAACUGUCCCAUACAGUGCUCCCCUUGGACCUGGUCCCAAUGGCAAGCAAAGGACAUCGAGCUUGGAAGCGCCUAUUAUGUUGCUAACUGGACAUCCAAGUGCGGUCUAUACCAUGAAGUUCAAUCCAGCUGGAACUUUAAUUGCAUCUGGAUCCCAUGACAGAGAAAUCUUCCUAUGGAGAGUUCACGGGGACUGCAAAAACUUCAUGGUUUUGAAAGGUCACAAGAACGCCAUCCUUGAUCUUCACUGGACCAGUGAUGGCUCCCUGAUUGUAUCAGCCAGUCCGGAUAAAACUGUAAGGGCAUGGGAUGUUGAAACUGGAAAACAAGUCAAGAAGAUGGCUGAACAUUCAUCGUUUGUGAACUCUUGCUGCCCUACGCGUAGAGGACCACCACUUAUCAUCAGUGGAUCUGAUGAUGGAACUGCCAAGCUUUGGGAUAUGCGCCAGAGAGGAGCCAUACAAACAUUUCCAGAUAAAUACCAAAUCACAGCCGUCAGUUUCUCUGAUGCAGCCGAUAAGAUCUUCACUGGCGGUGUAGACAAUGAUGUUAAAGUUUGGGACUUGCGAAAAGGCGAAGCCACCAUGACACUCGAGGGCCAUCAAGAUACAAUCACAGGAAUGAGCCUAAGUCCAGACGGUUCCUACCUUCUCACCAAUGGAAUGGACAGCAAGCUCUGCGUGUGGGACAUGCGUCCUUACGCACCACAAAACCGUUGCAUAAAGAUCUUUGAAGGGCAUCAACACAACUUUGAGAAGAACCUACUGAAAUGUUCAUGGUCGCCUGAUGGUACCAAAGUCACUGCUGGUAGUGCAGACCGUAUGGUUCAUAUAUGGGACACAACCACUCGGCGCAUACUGUAUAAGCUCCCAGGCCAUAAAGGCUCUGUCAAUGAGUGCGUGUUUCACCCUACCGAGCCAAUCAUUGGAUCUUGCAGUAGCGAUAAAGAUAUCUACCUAGGCGAGAUCUGAAAUUUUAGAGCUGUGAGACGUUUGCAAUGAAGUCUUUAGAUUCAACAAUGUGUUUAAGACAAUUUGUUUAUUGAGAGAGAGAAAUAACCAAAUAUUGCUCUAUGUUACAAGUAAUCAUGAAGAAGAAUUGUUUUUUCCUGCAACAUCUUUAUGCUCUUCAUCUUCUUGUACUCUAACUUUAUUUCCACAGCAACUUUUUUUAUGUUCUUCAA